CCGGGUUGGAUGCACCUGCCUUUGUUCUGUGUGAGGCAACACAUCCUAGCAACGAUAACGUCAGUAUCAAGUAACGCGAAUCUGAGAUGAGUGCAUUACAUUUUCACUAAUUCAAAGCGUUUUAAAUCAGCUCAAUGGACGAAGACCAGCAGUCGAAAGACGAGGCCUACUUGUCAGGUUCCCACAAAAAUCCCAAGAGUCUCCGGGCUGCAACUCACAAAUUGCAAGCAGAGGCUUUACGGCAAUAUCGUGAGGCACAUGCAGGCAGUGUCCCCCAUUUGGAAGAAGGUCAAGGGGAUUUUCAAAAUGAACAGCAAGAGGAACAUGUGGCAGCCGAUGUAAUUCCAGAGGGGCAGACAGAUGAACAGCCUGCAGGUGCAGCUGAGGAUGCUGAUGUAGCCAAAUCAGGCACCCCCUCUGGGGAGCAAUCAGCAAAAGACCCUGCAGUGGGAGGAGAUUCAGAUGGAGCUAAUGAAGACACACCACCUGGGGAGGGAACAGCUGCCCGAGAAGAUAACACAGAUCCUUCAGUAGGAGAGCCCCGAGAAGACACUGCCGCAGAAGACAACACAACCAGAGAUCCAACUGAGGAUGUGGAUACUGAGGAGCAGAAGGAAGGGCAGGAGGCAGCAGAUGAAGCAGGGGAACAGAAAGAUGUUGAGAAGCCCUCGGUGGAACCCCAGGAUGCAGAGCCGGCCGUGGAGACACCCACACCUGAUCAGCCAGUCGAAAAUGCAGAGGAGUCUGGUGGCCUUGCCUCACAACAAGAAGAAGCCCCUGCUGGCGGGUUGGAUGCCGUACCUGAACCGGCAGCUGCUGAGGCAGAAGAGGCAAACACAAAUGUUAACGCGAACCCUUCUGACAAAGAUGACCAAGGUGGGGCUGAGCAGGACGAGGGUGAAAAUGAAGGAUCAUCUGCACAGGUCGAAGGUGAAGGCUCUCCCGAAGGGGAAGCAGCAGAAGGCGAAGCCACUGUCCAAGAAACUGAGGCUGCUGAGGUCCAAGAGACAGAGGAUAGUGCCCCACUUGAACAGGCACAAGAGCAGGAGGCAGCAGUACCUCAAGAAGUGGCUGGUGAGCAGCCCACACAAGCUGAGGGGGCAAAGGUUAGCGAUGAUGGAGCAGAGAAUGCAGCUGAGGGUGCAGAGGUCAGAGCUGAGGAAGAAGAGGGGGCAAAGGUCAGCGGAGAGAGGCAGGAGGCCGAAAGUGAUGCUGCGACAGCUGGCGAGGAAGCACAGGUGGCGGAGGAAGGGGCAGGGGUCAUAGAGCUGGGGGAAGCGGUCACUGGUGAGGGGGCAGAGGUCACUGAGCAAGAAGCAGAGGUCACAGGAGAGGGGACAGAGGUCACAGAGCAAGGAGCAGAGGUCACAGGAGAGGGGACAGAGGUCACAGAGCAAGGAGCAGAGGUCACAGGAGAGGGAGCAGAGGCUGGAGAAGAUCAGGCAGAGGAGGAAGGUCCCAAGAUCCCAUUGGACUUCUUCUAUGAUUAUCAGGAGCAUGUGUCUAGAGCGAGGAUGGCUGAAGACUCGGAUCUACCAGCCGACAUGCUCACCCUGUACCAUUCAUUCGGCUACGACUGCAAGCGCUUGUCCAAUCUCUACAUGUUAGAUGCCAACACCCUGAUCUUUGCAGCCGGUAACCUUGUAGAGCUACUCAACAUCCAAACCAAAGAGCAGAAAUACAUACGGAGUACCGGUGGCGGUGGCAUCGGUGCUAUCACCGUGCACCCAAGCAGCAAGUACUUUGCCGUCUGUGAGAAGGGCACCAUGCCCAACAUCAACAUCUAUGAGUACCCCUCGCUCAAGCUCUACCGCAUUCUGCGCGAGGGCACGGAGACCGCUUACGCCUUUGCCGACUUCAACCCGGCCGGCACACUGCUGGCCUCGGUCGGCUGUGCCCCAGAUUACAUGCUGACCGUCUGGGACUGGGGGAACGAGACCAUCGUCCUGCGGUCUAAGGCUUUCUCCCAGGACAUCUUCAGGGUGACCUUCUCGCCCGAGAAUGAGGGCCUGCUUACAUCAAGCGGCACAGGACACAUCAGGUUUUGGAAGAUGGCUCACACAUUCACUGGUCUCAAACUUCAAGGUCAGCUGGGGAAGUUUGGCCGUACCGAGAUCUCUGACAUCCACGGUUAUGUGGAACUACCAGAUGGCAAGGUUCUCUCCGGUGCAGAAUGGGGCAACAUGCUCCUAUGGGAGGGAGGGCUGAUCAAAGUCCAGAUCAGCCGGAAGAACAAGAAGCCGUGUCACAACGGCAACAUUGAACAGUUCGUCAUGGACGAGGGCGAGCUGAUCAGUAUUGGAGCUGAUGGCUUCGUCAGGGUUUGGGACUUUGAGACAAUUGACACUGCGGACUCAGCCAACGAAUCGGGCAUAUUUGAGAUGGACUGCAUGAACGAACUGAAAGUGGGCAACGACGUGCACCUGAUCUCCAUGGUCAAGUCGCUGGACCCUGAGGUCCAGAGCAUCUGGUACGCCCAGGAUGCGAACGGCGCAAUCUGGAAAUUGGAUCUGUCCUUCUCACACACUACCAGGGAUCCAGAGAAGCUGUUCUCAUUCCAUGCGGGGGAGAUCACCUCCAUCGACACUUCUCCCGUGUCUCAGCUUGUGGCGUCUGCUGCCCUGGAUCAUACUGUGCGGGUGUAUGACUAUGCAUCUAAGACUCCACUUUGCUCCACCAAGUUCAAUGCUGGCUCCACCUCCAUGCUGUGGGUGCCUCCAAUCGUUGACCCCAAGGGAAGCACCCUCCUGGCCGGCUUCGCUGACGGUGUGGUGCGGAGCCUGACUCUUAAACGUCGCGACAACCAGGAGGGCAAGCGGACGGCCCACCACCAGCCGGCCGCCUUGGCCCUCAAGCAGGCCUUCAAGCCCCAUACCAAGGCCGUCACCGCCAUGGCCAUGGACUCCAAGGGGGAGAUUCUAACCACUGCAGGUGCUGACAACACGCUGUUCUUCAUGAACGUGGGCGAUACAUUUACUCCCAUCGGCUUCAUUGACACCCCCGGUCAGGUCACCCACAUCACCUGGUCACCAGGCUACUUUGACAAGAACUGCGCUUUGGUGUUCUGCGCCAAUGGGGAAGUGCUGGAGGUGGAGGCUCCUGAACCAGGCACCUACGACACCUCCACGACCUUCAAGAUCACCGGCCUCAAGACCAGACAGACCACCUUCAAGAGUAUCAAGUCCAGACUCAGGCGAGAAGAGGAAGAGGAACGCAAGAGGAAAGAGGAGGAAGCCAGACAGAAGGAGUUGGAGAGAAAGCGCCGCAUCCGACGAGAACGAGGCCUAGAAGAUGAAGACGAAGAAGAGGACAAGAAAGAAGAAGAGGAGGAGGAGGAGCCUCCACCUCUUUAUAUCCCCGAGGAGCCCAGCCCAAUUCUCUACGGUGUCUACUCACCUGGCGACCCUGACAAAUUCUGGGUGUCCAUGGGUACCUUUGACGCUGGCUACCUGUAUGAGUGCAAGUUCCGUGACGAGAAGGAGAAGGCAGACAUGAUCAGGCAAGGCCGUGAGGAGGCAAUCAAUGAAGCUAUCCGGACAGUGCCAGUCAACGAUAGCGAUGAUGUGCCCAUCAGGACCAUGCAGUUCACUGGUGAUGGUAAACAAGUCCUAUUGGGCAUGGAGAACGGAGCCAUCCAGAUCCACCCUCUGGACAGUGAGGGUGUCCAACAGGACCACGCUCCCGACAGCCGCCAGGCUGACUUCUCUCUCUUUGGCCCCUACUGGUCACUGACCGUCCACGACAACAGCUACGGCCGCGUGACCGGCAUCAGGACCAGCUUCGACGGCAGGUUUGUCUUCACCUGUGGUGCCGACGGAAACCUGUUUGCUUUUGAGCUGAUGAGCCAGGAGAAGAUUGAAGAGGCUCGGGCUCUGGCUAAGGCUAAGAUCCCAUCGGCCAAGAAAGAGGACGAGGAGCGCAAGGUGUCGGACAUCGAGAGCAAGGAGCACUACAGCAUCGAGCUGGAGAAGCAGAAGUCGGAGCAGGACAAGAGGAUGCGGAAGGCAGAGGAGAAGAAGAUGGAAGUGAGGCGGACCAUCGCCAAGCUGCGACGCCAGUUCAAGAAGUUGCUGGAGCAGAACCAGGAGCUGCCGGAGCACCUGCAGCUGCAGAGGAAGGAGUUUGAGAUGGAUCCAGGCAUUCGUAAGGAACUGGAGAAGCAGACGAACGAUAAGAUCGAGUUGGUGCAAAGGGAGUUGGCUUGGGAAGCAGAGAAACAUCGGAUCAGCUUGGAGAAGUUGAAAGAGAGGUUCAAAACGGAGCUGGAAUGUGAGCGAAUCGUGGUGGUGUCCAUCCAGACUGACCAUGAGCUGGCCACCUACCGGACCACCAAGCUGCCCAGGGAAUUCCACGAGAUGAAGCAAGAGUUGACCCGGCGCGCCACCGUGCUGUCGGACAAGGGGCUGCAACGGGAGCCCACGCGGGGCACUCCCACCAGUGGGCCUGUACUGGGCGAGAGCAUGACCGAGGCCUCACUGGCGGCCGCCGGUGCCCGGGAUGUGAAGAAGUCGACGGUGCUGACCGGACGACACGGCGAGAAGGUGGCCAAGGCCCUUCAAAAGGCUGAGAAGGUGCGGCAGAAGAGGCUGGCCAGGGAGAAGCAGUGGGAGGAGCUUCUCUGCAGCAAGCCACCCGAGGACUACGAGGACCCAGCUGACGUAGCAGCCAUCAAGGAUGCCCAGGACCACAUGGGAGACUUCAAGCUGAAGACAGCCAAAGAUUACAGUGUGCCUGAACACCUGCGCAUGAAUGCGCUCAAGAAACGCAACCAGUUGGUCACCCUUGAAGAAAUGAUCCAUAAGCACAAGUCUGAGUUCAACAAGCGAGUGGUUGCCCUACGCGACAAGAAGAUCCACAUCAUCCAGGAGAUCCAGGAGCAUCUGCUGGAGCUGAACGGCAUCCAGAAGGUCCUGGAGGAGAACCAGAGGCAGCCGCUGCCCGAAUGCCCCACACUGCAUCCUUGCGAGACACCAGAGAAGAAACUGGAGUACACCCGCGAGACCCUGAUGCAGUUCAAGGCUCAGAUGGCAGAGAAGGCCAUCCUGGAGAAGACUGGAGGGGACACUGGAGGGUUUGGCUUUGGGGCAGGAUUUAAUACUGGCGGGGGCGGCAGUGGCGGAGGAGGUGGAACCACAGAGCAGAAGGACAAGGAUCCCACCACCCCCUUGUCCUAUCGCCACUCCUCCCUGCUCUCAGCCAAAUCCCGGGCCGACUCCGCAGCCCAGCCGCUGUCCCCGCUGGAGCAGCAACUGCUGGCCAUGGAGGCCAUCCGCCUGCACCACCGGCAGGGGGAGCUGAUCGGCCAGGUCCAGGAGCUGGUGGUGAGCUUUGACGCCGAGCUGCGCAUGCUGCGGCAUGAGAAGCUGAGUCUGGACACCGAGCUGAAGCACGCUGAUCUCAGGAGGGUGACGCUGUUUGAGGAGCUGCAACUCCUGAAGGAGUUUGAGAAGCGGGAGAACGUCCUGGCGGCAAAAGUGGAAACCAAGAUCAAAGAGAAAUCUGACAGCCAAGUCAAGGUGGCCGAAUGCCAGCAGAAGCUGGAUGCCAAGCGCAAGGACAUCGACCGGCUGAACGAGAGGGAGAAGGCGCUCUACGCCAACUUCCAGGCCUCACUGGGCGAGAACAACAAGUUUGCCGAGUUCCUGACCAAGGUCUUCAAGAAGAAGAUCAAGCGGGCCAAGAAGAAAGCCCAGACAGAGGAAGGUUCGGACGAGGAGAGCGAGGAGUCCUCUGAGGAUGAAUCAGAUUGGUCGAGCGAUGAGGAGGACAGUGAGGAGGAAGGGCUGGAUGACAGCGUCUGUCCUCCGGGAUGUGAUCAGGCCUUGUUUGAUAACACCUGUGCCCUCCGUGAGAAACGUCUGGACAUUGAGGAGCUGCUGGCCGAGGAGAAGAAGAUAGCAGAGGGUUUGAAGAAGGAGGUGGACGCCCUGACCAAGAAGCAGAAGGUCAUCGAUAGUGGGCUGAAGACGGCUGAGGCGGACCUGGAGGCAUUUCAGCUGGAGAAGCAGCAGAAACUGAACGAGCUGGACGUGGUGGUGACGCUGCGACUGCACCAGGUGGAGUACAUGGUCAACGGGGCGGUCCCCCAGGAUCUCUCCCAGGUCCUGGUCUUCAAUAACGCCAGCAUGGCUCGCCUGCAGCACCGUAUCCAGGAGCUCAAGGAGGAGAAAACGGCUCAGAGAAGGCAUUACAAGGAGCAUCGGCAGCAGCACGUGCAGCUCAUCAAGGACCGCAAGCUCAUGGAGUCCCGCAUCACCGAGCUGGAGGAGAAGUGCAACGAGAUGAUGCGGCAGAAGUUUGGCCGCAUCAUCGACCUGGAGAAGCUGGAGACGGUGGGCGUCAACCGGACCGUGGAGGAGCUGAAGGAGAAGCUGCGACUCAACGAGUUGGCCAAUGCCAACGAGCUGCAGAAGUGGGAUAGCAAGAUUGAAGCCAAGAAAGCCCGCAUCACUGAGCUGAUUGAGGAGAACACCCUACGUCUCCAGCAGCUGACCAUGCUGGUCGGGGAGAACAAGAACCUGGAGAAGGCACUGGAUGCAAGGCAGACAAACCUGACCCAAGGAUCCAAGUCGGGCGGCGAGUUCCAGGGAAGUCGCAAGGCAGAUCUAGAGGAGAGAGGACGGCUGAUUCAGUUGGUUCAGCUGCAAGCGCAGGAGAUAGAGGCCCUAAAGGAGGAGAUCAGUCUGCUGUCCAGGAAGGGUGGCCACAUCCUACCCCCGACCCAACCCCCGAUCCAGCAGAGCUCGGCACACGGCCAGCACCCACCUGGCAAUGCAGGACAGUAACAUUCCAUCUGACUGCACAAGAUUAUCCAUCAUUGGCUGAAGGCAAAGGUUUUCUCCUGUGUACAGAGUCAGCGUUAGGAAAAACAGGUGUAAAAGUGUUACGUGAUUCGAAGAACAAACCUGUGGAGGGUACGUUCGACACAUUCAUCAGUUUGAUGGCAAAUUUUUCUCACAAAUGUUCAUGAAAAAUGUAAAUGAGAGUUAGUGUUCGCUUUCACUUGAAACAUUGAAUGGAGGAAUAAAAUCCAAUUUUUCAUUCUUGUUCAAUAUUCAAAACAGCAGCGACAUGACUAGCAUUAAUCUGAAUACGACAUUCCAGAGCUGUGGUUUAGGCAGUACAAGUCACAAGCUUUUCAAAUGAAUUGAAAAAAGGAGAAACAAAACAAUACAUUUGUAUUCAGAGACUGCUUUGUCACAGGUCGAUUCCAUCCAUGAAUUAACGUCAGUCCAAUUGGAACACAACUUUCUAUUCUAUUGGCUUCCUCAUUCUGUCACAAAAUUUCGAACUAUUUGUUGUAAGGAAUACACUGACGACAUUGCAACCGAUCAUCUGCUUGCUAGCAGUGAUUUUAUAAUUCAAAGUAAAUAUACACAUAUACAAUAAUGGAAUGUACAAAAUGAUACUUAAAUGAUAGAUACUAAAUUCUAUGUGUGGUGUAUAUGCCAAUAUGUAGCGAUUGCCGUCCAUAUUGAAAGUGUAGUGUUCAGUUCUUUUAACAAAGCAUUGUAUUCGAGUUUCCGUUUUUUUCAAGUUUAUUUUUUCCGUCCAAAGUUUUCAAACCAGCUCCAGAUUUGAUGGAUUUGUGCCUUCCUUGGUAAAUAAAAUGUAUUUUUGUGAUUUGGGUUUAAAAUUUUUAAGAAAACUGAAUUGCACCAUCCCAAAAAUUUGUAUUCUCGUGGAUAUUCGAUUCAAUUUAUUUACUUCCGUCCAAAGUUUCCAAACCAGUGCCAGAUUUAAUGGAUUUGUGCCUUCCUUGGUAAAUAAAAUUGUAUUUUUGUGAUUUGGGUUUAGAAAUAUUUUAAGAAAACUGAAUUGCACCAUCCAAAAAAUUUGUAUUCUCCUAGAUAUUCGAUUCAAUGACUUCCUUUAAUACUGGUGAGAAUUUACUGCAGCAGGUCUAACAAGUAAAUCCCCACGAAAAGUCAAAUUUUCACUCUUUAUAUCUGAAGAGAAAAGUAUCCGCAACAUGGGGCACGAUUUAAUAUUUCUGUGAAUGUAAGUUACUGUUUUAAUAUUGAGAAAUGAAUUUCCUAGACUGAAUAAAUAUUUUGUUCCUGUACCGUCCAAUGA